GGCAGUGGCAGUGUAGUGGGCUUUCGGCCGUCGCGCAGCGCUGGCGCCCGGUCCGCGUCGAGGCCCUCGGCCGCAAUCGCGUCGCUUCUCCUGGACAGAUUUCGCAUCGCCGUCGUUGUCUCUUUGUCUCUCCCGCGACGCGAGUGCGCCUUGUCGCACUUGCAGCGCGCGCCGUUCUGGUCCGUUUUGGCGCCGCGGGAAGGCCGUGAGGAGGGUGGCGACAGGGGGCAGUUCCGUGCACCCCGUCGAGCACAAGCACGUCCAGCUAGUCAAGCCCCAGGCUGCCCAGGCCCAGGCCGUCGUCCGUCGGGCAGUAAACACACAUUUCCACCAAUGCGGCCUCCGUUUGGCGGCGAGUGCUGGUGCCCGGGCGUCGCGGGCACACUGCCCGUCGUGUGCUCGAGCCGCGUGCCGCGCUGAGAGUGGAGUGGCUGUGCGCGAUUCGAUACAGUGGAGGAGCAAGGACCGAGGAUGGCGUGAGCGCCGAGGGGUUGUGAGUGUGUCGUGACUUUGGCCGUGCUGGGCCGCGAGUUCGCCUUGUUCUUCUCCCCGCUCUGAAGAAUGCUACACUUGUGCUUCGCCUUCACCUUCCUGCUCGCAACGGCCAACCUCGGCAUCUGCUCGGAGACAGCUUCCUUCUACGGCGCCAGCUUCAUCAAGUACCCGCUGCAAGAUGCCAAGAACACGACCGAGAUCUCGUUCCAGUUCCGGACCAAGCGCGCCGACACCAUGCUGUUCCUCGCCGCCGGCAAGACGGACUACUGCUACAUCCGCCUGGAGACGGGCCGCCUCAAGGUCCGCGUCAACCUGGGUGCGGGCGAGGCGGAGGUGGACUCUCCGCGCGGCCUGCGCCUCGACGACCUGGUGUGGCACGACGUGGAGGUGACGCGCAGGGAGGCCGACGUCACCAUCACCAUCGACCACAUCCACGUCAUCAAGGAGAAGCUGCCGGGCCGCUUCUUCGAGCUCAACAUCCACUACGGCGUGUACCUGGGCGGCAUGGGCGACUUCACGGACCUGUUCCUGGGCCACACGGACUGGCUGAGGGGCUGCCUGGCCGACGUCAAGUACAACGGCAACAGCCUGCUGCAGAAAGCGCGCCAGCGGUCCACCUCGCAGAAGGUGGAGGUGCAGGUCAUCACGUGGAACUGCGCGCCCGAGUUCGACGCGUCCGUGGACAGCGACAUGAGCUUCGUGGAGGACGGCGCGUACGUGUCGCUGCCCAACCCCAUCACGCGGACCGGCGCGCGGUGGCAGCUGCAGCUCAAGACGGAGGCGCAGCAGGGCCUGCUGCUGUACAACUCGGGGCAGGGCGCGCGCGCCGACUACGUGGGCCUGGAGCUGUCCGGCGGCCGCCUGCGCCUGCUGCUGGACAAGGGCGACGGCAAGGCGGAGGUGUCGUCGGACGUGCGCGUCGACGACGGCCAGUGGCACACCGUGGUGGCGCACUUCAACCCCACCGCCAUGGAGGUGACGGUGGACGGGCACACCGUGAACGCGCGGCUCGACCGCGGCGGCAACCAGUACCUGGACCUGCACGAGGUGGUGUACCUGGGCGGCACGGAGCUCAGCAAGCGCGUGCGCGCGCUGGGGCAGGGGCUGCGCGACACGAGCUUCCGCGGCUGCCUGCGCGGCGUGGAGGUGGACGGCCGACGCAUGGGGCUGCCCGACGCGCGCGUCACGCACGGCGUCCGCGCCGAGUGCCUCUGGGAGUUCGCCUGCCGCACGCAGCAGCCGUGCGUGCGCGGCGCACGCUGCGAGCAGCAGGGCUUCAACGCCUUCCAGUGUGUCUGCGACCAGCCGCUGUGCGUCAAGCCCGAGUACGCCGACAGCUACAAGGUGUUCUCGCGCGGCCCCAUGCCCGUCGACGUGGAGCUGGUGGAGCUGACGACGCUGUCCGUGGCGGAGGGCGACAACGUGCCCGUCACCACGGCGCACAUCAACGUGGUGCUGGACUACGUCAAGUACGGCGUCCGCGACACUGGCGUGCUCAUGCGGGUGCUGCAGCCGCCGGCACACGGCAAGCUCAUCGCCGAGGUGUGGGAGCGCGGCGCCACGCCCGGCGCCUCCACCGCCUUCACGCUGCUCGACCUCGCCAAGGACAAGGUGCGCUACCAGCACGACGGCUCCGAGAGCACCAGGGACAGGAUCGUCAUGGAGCUGGAGCUGGUGGCCGGCCCGGACUUCGUGCAGCCCGCGCACCUGCAGGGCCCGCACCGCUUCGAGCUGCCCGUCAACAUCACCCCCGUCAACGACGCCCCCGUCCUCACCAUCGCCGCCGGCAAGACCCUCCGCCUGGCGCAAGGUACGCGCAAGGCGCUGUCCUCCGACCUGCUGCUCGCCGACGACCCGGACACCUCGCCGUCGGCGCUCGUGUACACCCUGCUGAACGCGGACGCCGCCAGGAAGGGCCAGAGCCACGGCCAGCUGGAGUGGACGGCCAGCCCGGGGGCCGCCAUCGCCUCCUUCACGCAGCAGGACGUCAACGAGGGCAAGGUGUCGUACGCGCACCGCGGCGAGCGCGGCGAGGCGGAGACGAGCAACGCCAAGCUGGCUCUGCAGGUGUCUGACGGCAUCGAGACCUCGGCGACGGCCUUCCUGCGCGUCUCGGCGUUCCCGCUGCAGCUCCGGCUCAUCAACAACACGGGCGUCGUGCUGACGCACCGCGCCGCGGUGCCCAUCCUCCCCGCCAACCUCACCUUCCUCACCAACGCGGACGACCCGGACCUCGAAAUCCUCUACGAGGUGGUGCGACCGCCGCAGUACGGCAACCUGCAGCGCCUCCGCGCGGCCGAGGGCGGCGGCGCGUCCAGGGCGGGCGCGGUGCCCGCCGUGUCCGUCAAGGGCCCCGGCAUCGACCGAUUCACCAGCAGGCAGCUGGCCCGGGAGCAGAUCCGCUACGUGCACGCCACCGGCCAGCCCGCGCACGACGAGUUCAAGUUCAAGGUGUCCGCCGGGGACGUGCGCGUCGCCACCACCUACGACUUCCGCGUCACCUUCACCAAGCUGCGGCUGGAGCAGGCGCGCCGCGUCGACGUCAAGCUCAACCGGUCCAGGGAGGCCCUCGUCACCGAGAGGCACUUGCUGUACCGGACGGAGCCGCUCGCCACGGACCCCGCCAAGGUGGUGUACCACGUGGUGCAGGUGCCGCGGCACGGCUCGCUGGUGCUGGGCGAGAGCACGCCGUCGACGCAGCGCCAGCAGCAGCGCCUCGCGCCCGGGGACUCGUUCACCCAGCUGGACGUCAAGGAGGGCCGCCUGGCCUACCGCCUGCACCGCCAGGCGUACUCGCGCAUCCGGGACGAGUUCACGUUCCGGGCCAGCGCCCCCGAGUGCGAGGCCAUCCCCGGCAGCCUGGUGGUGGUGCACGAGCUGCAGGUGGCCGAGGGGGGCGCGGCCAGGCUCACCGCCUCCGCCCUCAAGCUGGCCAUGACGGGCGUGACCACGGUGCGCUACACUGUCACCGGCGGCCCGUCCCACGGCACGCUCAAGGUGUCCGCCCCCACGCUCCGCGUCAACGCCACCGAGUUCACGUCGGCCGAGCUGGCGUCCGGCCAGGUGGAGUACACCCACGACGACUCCGAGUCCCAGCACGACGCGUUCCACUUCGUGGCCAUGUCCAGCGAGGCGGAGGACUUCAUGUACGCCGGCACGGUGCACAUCGACGUGGUCCUCAAGAACGACAACGCCCCCGUGCGCGCCGUCGACCGCGUGUUCCACGUCGUCAGCGGCGGCGAGCGGCUGCUCACCGACCGCCAUCUCAGGUACACCGACGCGGACCUGGACGCCUCGCCGGACAAGAUCACGUACCGGCGGCGCGACAUCCCCAACGGCGGCCUGUUCCGCGCCAGCCAGCCCGGCGUGGCCGUCAUGGAGUUCACGCAGAAGGACCUGGACGAGGCGCGCCUGCUGUUCCGGCACCACGGCGCGGCGCAGGGCAAGGUGGACCUGUGGGUGACGGACGGCCAGUUCGUGGCCAACGGCGUGCUGGAGAUCCGCGCCUCGGAGCCGUACGUGGAGGUGGCCAACAACAGCCGCCUGCUGGUGCGCAGCGGCGGCGCGGCGCCGGUCGGCACGGGCAACCUGUCCGCCGACUCCAACGUCAACUCGCUGCCGGAGCAGCUCCGCUUCGAGUUCACGCAGCGCGACCUGGAGGCCGGCCGCCUCUGGUACCAGCACGACGCCAGCGACUCGGUCUCGGACACGUUCCGCUUCCGCGUCGACGUGCCCGGCUCCACCGUGGAGGACCGCUUCGACGUGCGCGUCUUCCCGUCCAGCUACUGGGAGCCGUUCGCCGUGCACGCCAACGAGACCAUCACGGUGGAGGAGGCGACGAGCGUGGCGGUGGCGGCACGCUUCCUGGACGUGCGCCAGCGCCACGUGCCCGCCACGGACAUCACGUUCGUGGUGGUGGAGCCGCCGCAGUUCGGCUACCUGGAGGUGGAGCACGCCGGCGCGUCCACCGAGGACCCCGUCCGCGCCGCCAACGCCUCCGGCCACGGCCAGGCCUCCGUCACCGUGUUCGAGCAGUCGCUCAUCAACGAGGGCCGCGUGCUGUACGUGCAGACCGCGCCCAACCAGACGCAGGACCGCGUCGUCCUGGACGUCACCAACGGCAUCUCGUGGCUGCGCGGCCUCGUCGUGCGCCUCGACAUCAUCCCCGAGUCCCUCUACCUGGUGGCCGGCGACCUGCGCGUGUCCGAGGGCUCCCUGGUGGCGCUGCCCGCCAACCUCCUCACCGUCCUCACCGACUACUACCGCAGCCGCAUCACGGAGUACCGGGUGACGUCGCCGCCCUCCGCGGGCCGCAUGCAGCACGCGCGCGAGCCGGGCCAGACCAUCAGCAAGUUCAGCCCGCAGCAGCUGCAGGCGGGGCUCAUCCAGUACGCGCACGACGGCAGCGAGACGCCGGAGGACGCGUUCUCCGUGUCCGCGGUGGCCGGCGACCGCAGCAGCGCGCCCACCAAGGUGCGCGUGGUGAUCGCCGCCGUCAACGACGAGCCCCCCAAGGUGGUCAACAGCAGCAGCGUCAGGCUGUGGCGCGGCAGCAGCGCCGUCAUCUCGGCCAGCAACCUGGCUGUGACGGACGCCGACACCACGCCUCAAAACCUAUCCUUCCGUGUGAUGAGUCUUCGCGCGGGCCAUGUGUCUUUCGCACACUUGCCGACAGUGCCUAUCACCAAGUUCACCCAGGCUGACGUCAACAGCAACAUCAUUGUCUUUGUUCAUUCAGGUGCCUCCGAAUCGGGAAAGGUUGAGCUGACCGCGUCAGACGGGAUGAAAGAGACGGAGCCGAUCAAACUGGAGAUGCGCUCAGAACAGCCGUCCUUCAAGGUCGUGGCAAACGAAGUCCUCCACGUGUUCCCCAUGCUCAGGAAGUGCAUCACAGCAGAGCACUUGAUGAUAGUGACCACCGACCCCAACCGUAAUGUCACUUACAGUGUUCGUGUGCCGCCAACUCAAGGACGCCUCCUGCUGAUCUCCGAACGCGUCGGCGAGGCAGCGAGUUCCGUGACCGGCGGGCGCAGCGCGUCGGGCAGGGAGGUGCUCAACUUCACGCAGCGCGACGUCAACAUGAGCCGCCUGUGCUACCAGCACACCAGCCCCUUCAAGGACCUGCAGGCCAACGACUCGUUCGAGUUCGACGUGAUGGCGCCCUUCCUGGACACCAUGCCGAACCAGGUGUUCCGGAUCGAGGUGUCCGUGUCGAGCGGCGGCCUGGACCAGUUCGUGAGCGUGGCGCAGCUCAUCGUGGAGGAGGGCGGCUCGGCGCCGCUGCUGCUCAACACCAGCACCGUGCUGGACUUCCUGCGCAGGGACGUGGGGCUGGAGCAGCCCGUCAUCCAGGUGCAGGUGGUGCUGCCGCCCGUGCACGGCGCGCUGUGCGUGCGCACACUGUGCAACGCCACGGCCACGCAGCCCUUCUCGUCCACGCAGCUGGCGGCCGGCGAGGUGCUGUACCGCCACGACCACUCGGACACCACCUGGGACGAGGUGGCGCUGUCGCUGCUGCUCGCGCCUGGCGACGUGCUGCUGGGCAACGUGUCCAUCCCCGUCACCGUGCUGCCCGUCAACGACCAGCCCUUCCGCAUGGCCGAGCCCAGCCCCCAGCUCGCCGUGGUGCAAGGCCAGGCCGCCCUGGUGACCAGGAAGCAGCUGCUGACGGAGGACGCCGACACGCGCGCCGAGGAGCUCGUCUAUGACGUCAUCAGCAACCCCAGCCAGGGCCGCCUGGUGCUGGCCGGGCCCGUCGCGUCGGUGGGCCGCUUCUCGCAGGCCGACAUCGACGAGAGCAGGCUGUGGUACGUGCACGAGGGGCCGCUGCAGCCGGACAGCUUCUACUUCCGGGUGUCCGACGGCAAGUUCACGCCCAUCUACACCGUCUUCAACAUCCAGGUGGUGCCGCUGUCGCUGAACGUGUCCUCGCGGUCGCCGCUGCGGCUGCAGCAGGGCUCCCCGGUGGCCACCAUGUCCGCCGACAACUUCCUGCUGCAGACCAACGGGCGGCGCGACGCCGUGCAGUACAACGUGACGCGGCCGCCGCGGCACGGCGCCGUGGCCAUGGCGGCGGCCAGGGAGCGCGCCGUCAGCGCGUUCGGCCAGGCGGACGUGGACGCCGGGCACGUGCUGUACGUGCAGUCCGACAUGACGGCGUCCUCCGACUCGCUGGAGGUGUCGGCCUGGGUGGCGGGCGUGGCGGUGCGCGGCCUGGUGCUCAACGUGACCGUGGUGCCGCUGGUGCGCCUCGGCGUGUUCAGCCCCAUCGCCGGCAACAAGACCCGCCUCGACCUGGCCGUGCUGGACGCCGCGCAGCUGGCCGACAAGUCCCACACGGACCCCGUGUACCGCGUGCUGCGCCGCCCCCGCCUCGGCAAGAUCAGGAGGAUCGUGCGCAGCUCCGGCGCCGCGGUGGAGGCCCGCGCCGACCGGGAGCCCAGGAACGCGACGGCCACCACGCCGCCGGCCACGGCCUCGGCCGGCCCCGCGGUGCGCGAGCGCGAGGUCGAGCGCUUCACGCACCAGGAGAUCCGCGCCGGGCUCAUCUACUACGUGUGCAAGCGCACCGGCCAGCCAGGGGACGAGGACUCGAUCCUGUUCGAGCUGGCGGCGCCGGGGGCGUCCAACUUCCAGCCCGCCACGGGGGAGCUGCGGUUCCUGCUGCGUUCGGAGCACGGCCCGCCGCCGACGGCCUUCGUGCCGCAGAGGCCGCGCAUCCCGGGGCCGAAGGGCGGCGGGCUCAACAUCGACCCCGUGGUGGUGGCCAGCCCCAACAUGAGCAACGACUACUUCCUGCUGAUGAGCAUGGUGGUGGGCGUGGUCGUGCUGGCGCUGCUCGUCAUCGUCGUCAACAAGUGCCGCGCCGGCGCCGCGCAGAUGCACGACAGCCAGAACGGCAAGCCCGACCUGUCGGACCGCUCCCUGGGGCCGCUGCCGCUGCCUCGGCCUCCGGACGACCUGAUGCCGUCCUCGCCGCGGCCGAAGCACUUCGGCGUGCCGUCGCUGUCCCUGGCGUCGACGCCGACGUCCGUGGCCAGUGUGCUGCCGCAGUGCAAGGUGAUCCCCCUGGGCCCCGUGGACUCGGUGACCAGCUCGGAGCCGGAGCUGAACGUGAACCUGCGCUACCCGUACGGGGCGGACGACACCCCGCUGCCGCUGCCCCUGCCGCAGGACUGGGGCAGCACGUUCGACGCGUCCGCGGGGAUGGCGACGGGACCCUCGGCCUUGCCCUCGGCCUCGGAGCUGUCCUUCGGCACACUGCCCAGCCAGCACUGCCAGCAGGCGCGCGCCAGCGCCAACAACCCCAUGCUGAGGCGGAACCAGUACUGGGUCUGAGGGCAGCCCGGGCCGGCCACCCUCCACCGGAGGCCCCCGCAGUGGGCCUCGGCCGGUCCGAACCAACAGAACCCUGGCGCCCAUGCCCCGCCGAGCGUCCCGCACAGCAUGACCCUGCCCAGGAACAGUGGCUACCGGUAGCGAGGAACAGCUCCGCUGGGUCACUGUUGGUCGCCUCAGCUGCCGUGGUCGGGUUCUGAUAAUUUUGUGCUGUUGUGAGUGUGUUGACUGUAGUCUGGUGUUUCGUUUGAUUUUUUUAUAAGACGUGUGUAGUCAUGUCUGCUGGUUAUCAGACUGCAUUGUUGCAACUGCAACCUUUCGGCUCAAGGAUUUAUUGAGUUUCUAGUUAAUACUGUGUUUUUGGUGACCUCAGUAUCGGCCAGUUACCAAAUCAGGAAAGCAAGGCCCUUUUUCUGGAACAAAAUGUAUCAGAUCUGCUAACGCAGCUUUUUCCUUUUCUUGCCAACUAAAGGGUCCAAUGAGAGAUUUCAGUUACGUCUCCUAUAGAGACCCUCCUCUGAUCUCAAUGCGCUGUGUGUCAAGAUUUUGGUAUAUUAUAUGUGCAUGCAUUUGCUUUCGCCCCUUUGUACCAAUGAAACAGGCAAGCAAGCCAAAAACUAUAUGCAAAUCAUUUUGACUGAGAGUGUGAUGUUUGCCGUGUACCUAAAAUUCAUUAAGGGCUCAAAUCUUUUCAUGUCCUGCUCAAAAUACUGCACAAAUGUUUAUCCAUUAUUCUAUGAAUGAUUCACACCACAUCAUAAUUUUCCUUUUUUUCUUCUAGCAAUCCAACAAGCUGGCUAAAUCAUUAUUUGCCAUUAACUGAAUUUUACAUUUGCCAUUUUAAGGAGAGUGUAUGGCCUUUUGACUGAUGCGUUUCAGAAACCCUAUUUACAUAAUUCCAUAUAUUUGGGAUAGGUGAAAAAGUCCUAAAUACCUAAAAAGAAUUUUUUAUGUAGGUAUAGUUACAUAGAAUUAUGUGUACAAAAUCUUGUUGUGUCUAGUUGUAUUGUUUUUUUCUACACACUUGUAUAACUGUUGUAUAUUAAAUGUGCCAAACAUUUACAAUACUGAACUGAAAAUGAUGUAUGUGUAUGUGUGCUGAUGUGUUUUUCUUGAGCUGUACAGCUUUUUUCUACUGAAUUUUGGAUCUAGCUCAUGUUCCUUGUUUUGUCAUAUUGGCUGCUUUCAACCUGAAACAAAGACACAACCUUGUGGAACUUUACGAAAGCCUUCAAUGUCACUGUUUUGCACCCUCACAAUAGGAAAGCUUUCUUAAUCGUUGACCUUUCUUUUUUUAAGGUAACAUUCCAUAAUAUGUGUAUGGAAAUAGUAGGAACAUUGUGCAACUUUCAGAUAUGUUCAAAUUUGUUCUGCCUGAGUACAAUUUUCUCAUAUAUUGCAGACACAUUAUCACACGUCAUAAUUAAAACUGGAGUUACUGCAGUAUUUCAGAAAAUUUCCCAACAAGCUCAAAUUACUAGGCUUGUUUGGCCGUUAAAAGACUGUAAUAAAAACUUUUUUUUUUU